GAAACUCAGAGCAAAUCAUUUGCUGCAAGCAUCUGAACGGAAACGGAAGUGGAAUCGUCGGCGGAAGAUGAGUUCCGCUACUGUGGAGGUUCCGAAGCCGGCGCCAGCGGAGAAGACAACCGAAAAAGCGAACCUGCCAAAUUCUUGGUUUGGUUCUAUUACUCAGCAACUUAGAGAAUAUUUGUUACAGAACAUGCCUUGCGCAUGUAAUCGAAAUAACUGGAGGAGAUGGAUCCGACCCCUGUUGGUACUUUUUUACGCAACGGCCAUCCUGGUCGCGGUUCCGAUAUGCAUUUGGAAAUUUCAAAAAAUGAAGGUUGGAAUGCACACGAAAUCAUGGUUUAUAGCUGGAAUAUUUCUGCUGCUAACUGUACCCGUGUCAUUGUGGGGAAUCCUUCAACAUCUGGUACAUUACACUCAACCUGAACUUCAAAAGCCCAUAAUAAGGAUCCUAUGGAUGGUCCCAAUAUACAGUGUGGACAGUUGGGUGGCUUUGAUAUGUCCCAAAAUUGCAAUAUACGUGGAUACCUGGAGGGAAUGUUAUGAAGCAUAUGUCAUCUAUAACUUUAUGAUAUUUCUUACCAACUAUCUGACAAUCCGGUUCCCAAACUUAAUACUACAUCUCGAAGCUAAAGACCAACAAAACCACAUCCUUCCACUAUGCUGCUGUCCACCAUGGGCGAUGGGAGAAAUGCUACUCUUUCGGUGCAAGCUAGGAGUGCUGCAAUAUACCGUGGUCAGACCAAUCACCACCGUCACUGCGCUCGUAUGUGAAAUCCUUGGCGUAUAUGAUGAGGGAAACUUUGGUUUCAGCAAUGCUUGGACAUACCUCGUUAUACUAAAUAACUUGUCACAAUUGUUUGCCAUGUACUGCCUGCUGCUGUUUUACAAAGUCCUCAAGGAAGAGCUUAGCCCUAUACAACCGGUUGGCAAGUUUCUCUGUGUAAAACUCGUGGUUUUCGUUUCUUUUUGGCAGGCGGUACUUAUUGCUUUGUUGGUUAAAGUGGGCGUUAUUUCAGAAAGGCGUACCUGGGAAUGGCAAAGUGCAGAAGCUGUAGCCACAGGACUGCAGGAUUUUAUAAUCUGUAUCGAAAUGUUCUUUGCGGCAAUUGCCCACCACUAUACGUUCUCCUAUAAACCCUAUGUGCAUGAAGCAGAGGAAGGCUCCUGUUUUGAUUCCUUUCUUGCCAUGUGGGAUGUGUCCGAUAUCAGAGAUGAUAUUUCUGAACAAGUAAGGCGUGUCGGGAGGACAAUGAGAGGUUAUCCAAAAAAGAAAUGUUUUCCUGGAGACCCAGAUCAUAAUGAACACUCAAGCCUGCUUUCCUCCUCUUCACAAGAUCUAACUUCUGGUUCUUCAAAGGUCCCCUCCCCAGGGGGCCUGUAUCAAGGAUUUGGACACACUGUUAAUUCACAAAGCCCAGUUUCUAUAGCCAGCAUAUAUGAAGAAAUUUUGAAUGACAUCCCAGCAGAACAACAGAAGCUCCUCAACCCCGGACAAGAUAUCACAAUCAACAUCCCAGAAGAGCAACACAAACAUCUUAAUACAGGCAAGGCUGUCAUGACUGACAGACAGACCAUUACUUCACCGAGACCAAUUUCUAUAACCAGCAUAUAUGAAGUCUUGAUUGGCAUCCCAGAAGAGCAACAAAAACAUCUUAAUACAGGCAAAGCUGUCAUGACUGACAGACAGACCAUUAAUUCACCGAGACCAAUUUCUAUAACCAACAUAUAUGAAAAAGGCUUGAUUGACAUCCCAGAAGAGCAACAAAAACUUAUUGACAAAGGCAGAGAUGCCAUGAUUGACAGACAGACCAUUACUCCACCGAGACCAAUUUCUAUAACCAGCAUAUAUAAAGAUGUCAUGAUUAACAUCCCAGAAGAGCAACAAAAACUUAUUGACAGAAGCAGAGAUGUCAUGAUUUACAUCCCAGAACAGGAAGCGAUCCCUGAUAAUAGCCGAUAUCAAGACCAUGAACAAACAGUGAUGCCACAGGCUUUAUUUCCUUCAACAGAAACAUCUGAAAAUAGCAUGACUGACACCUCGGAAUCGCAGCAGGAGUCUUCUGACUCAUCGACUGAGUCUUCUGACUCGUCUAUGGACCCUUAGAGCUCACAUAAUCAUCUCUCUGUACAGUUCAAAAUGUUACAAAAUCUCAAAGAAAGACAAAAACCACAUAUAAUACACUCAAAUAACACUAAUAAUGUACAUAUUAACAUACAUAUAUUUGUAUAUGUUUUAUAGAUCACAAAUAAUGUUUAAAUUUCCUAGGCUUUGUCUUUCUUAAUCAUUUAGAAUAUCAUAUAUUCAAAAAGUAACAACUUUAGCAAAAUGCUCUUGAAUUUAUCAAACAAACAUAAAAAAAAAAAACAAAAAAAACAGUGCUUCAUACCACUGCAUGAAUGUAAUGUUCUGGACUGAAAAUUUAAAUUAAUUGAAUUUAAUCCUAAUCAUGUACUAUUUAACUUUACAUAAUUAUACUGUAUUUAAACUCUUAAAA